AUGCAAACAUCGGCAACGAAGAGAAGUACUACUUCUCCACCACCUUCCUACGCAGCCAAAUAUGAUUAUGAUUUAGCCGUAAUAGGAGGUGGAUCUGGAGGAUUAGCAGCUGCAAAAGAAGCAGCGAAACUCAAUAAAAAUGCCAAAGUUGUUUGUUUCGAUUUAGUCACACCUACAUAUCAUGGCACAAAAUGGGGACUGGGAGGAACUUGUGUUAAUGUUGGAUGCAUUCCAAAGAAAUUGAUGCAUCAUACCAGUUUAAUGGGUAUGCUUAUGCAUACACAUGCUCCUCAAUUCGGUUGGCAAGGUCUUGAGAACGUCAAACACGAUUGGACAACUAUGCAAAAAUUAAUUGGAGAUUAUAUUAAGUCCCUUAAUUUUUCAUAUAAAGUUUCAUUAAGAUCAGCAAAUGUUACUUAUCACGAAGCAUUAGCUACUUUUGUCGAUCAACAUACCAUUGAAUGGAAGAGUUUGACUAAAAGUGGUCGACUAACGUUUGACAAAGCUAUUAUUGCCACUGGAGGUCGUCCAUCGUAUGCAACAUAUCCCGGUAAAGAAUUAUGCAUUAGCAGUGAUGAUAUAUUUUGGACAAAGACCAAUCCUGGAAAAACAUUAGUCAUUGGAGCUGGAUAUGUUGCUUUAGAAUGUGGAUGUUUUCUACAUCAUGUUGGUUGUGAUGUGAGUGUCAUGAUACGAUCACGAAUUCUUAGAACGAUGGAUUUUCAAUGUGGUGAAAUGGUUGGCGAGUUAAUGGAACGAGACGGAAUAAGAUUUAUUGGGCCGGCUAUUCCACAACAAUUUAAUUCAACAAAUAAACCACAAAGAUUAGAGAAUGCAGAAGAAAUUCGUCCAAAUGUAUGGAAUCAUGGAAAAGAUGACAAAGGAAAUCAACAGUAUUUACAUAAUUCUGGUGCAAUUGAAGUACAUCAACCAGAUGGAAAAAUAACAUGGAUCCUACCAAAAGGACAAAUUGAAGUGACAUAUGCAUAUAGUGAUGGAGAACAGAAAGGAAAAGUUUUCACCGAAAAAUAUGACACUGUUCUGAUAGCUAUUGGUCGUACAGCGAAUAUUAGCAAUAUGGGAUUAGACAAAAUUGGCGUACAUCAUGUUAAUGGUAAAGUGUUGGUGGAUGAAAAUGAACAAACAAAUUUACCUCAUAUUUAUGCGCUCGGUGAUGUUGCAACAGGCGUCAUUCAUCAUGGCAAAGAUUUAGCAUAUCAGAGAGAAGUCACAAUAGCAAGACCAGAACUGACUCCUGUGGCAAUUCAAGCGGGGCAAUAUCUAGCUCGACGAAUUUGGGGUCUAUCGAAACAGUUGAUGAAUUAUCGAAAUAUUCCUACUACAGUAUUUUCAAGCCCGACUGAAUAUGCCUAUGUUGGUUUAAACGAAGAACAGGCGAAUCUGCCACGUGCAGAUGGUGGUAUUGGAGCUGAAAAUGUGAACAUCUAUUGGUCUCGUUUUGGAAACAUUGAAAUCUCACCGAUACAUCCGCAUUUAAUAGAACCACGUAGUAAUUUGUUUACAGGAAAAAAUUUAUGGUCAGUUACUUACAGUCAGAAACGAAAUUUAGAUUGGAAUGAAGUAUCGUUUAAUACGGAUUCAUCAAGUAACGUACUAUUCUCAGAAGAUAUUGGUGGUAUGAAAAAAUUGGGUGCACGCGUUACAAAUAAAUAUAAGGGCGACAAAGGACAAAUAUUGUACGAUAUUGAAUUGCAAGAGAAUGACAAACAAGUGAUUAAAGGUGUCACAGCUCAGCAAUUACAGUUACAUCCAGAACAAGAGUUAGAAAUAGCAGAAGUAUUCUAUAAAGCCAAUUGUUUAGCAAAAUUGAUUUGUGAUAAAAGUAAAAAUGAUGUCAUUGUUGGACUACAUUUCAUGGGACCGUCCGCUGGUGAAGUCGUUCAAGGUUUCGCAUUGGGUGUCAUGAUGGGUGCAACGAAACAACAAUUUGAUGAUUUAGUUGGAAUUCAUCCGACGGCUGCCGAAGAAUUUACGGUACUUACGGUAACAAAAGAAUCGAAUCAAACAUUGUUAAAACAAGCCGGUUGUGGUGGUGGCAGUUGCGGUUAG